ACUAGUAUGUGGAGGCUGGACUGUCAGAGCUAUAGCUGGAGGAUUCUAGAAGACCAUACCGAUGGAUUUAUAUUUUUCCUUCAUCUUUCCCUCCUGAUUAAUUUUAUUUAGCAAAAGUUAUUUUUGAAUUUCUCGAAUACUGUUUGAAUGCAAAAAUGGGCUGCUCUCCAUCAAAGGGUAAGUUAUUUUCAAAGCAUGAAGGCACUGGACCUCAAAAGAAUCUGCUGGCUGAAACACUACAGGAUGAUGUCAAUUCUAAACCUGUAGAGGAGGAAAGCGACUGUUUGCAAACCUAUGAGAAAGAAAAUGAACUUCCACUAACCACUGAAGAACAUCCCAGGAAAGAGACCUCCGACACAACAGCUGCUGAAAAUGCAAGAAACGAGGACAUUAAAGAAACAGAGGUGAAUGUGAUGCCCGAAGAGGUAGUUGAUGACGCUGUACAAACAGUUAAGAUUAAAAAAACAGAGAAAAGAAAGAAAAAUAAAGGCCAGAGGAGGUCUUCUCAAAAGCAGAAGCCUUCUAUUCUCCAAGCAAAGGUGGACUUCCCACCGCACAUGGUCAGGGCUCACCAGGCAGCCUAUGCAUUUCUGAAUCCAAACAUCUCCAAAUAUGAGACCCUGUUGGGCCUGCUGGACCAGGCCGCCCAGACACAGUUGUCCCUUCAGCCCAUGAUGUCUGCUUUGGUGUUGCGCUUUGAGGAGAUCAACCAGGGUCUAGAGGAGAUGGCUGAGGAAGGGGAGCUGAUGUUGAAAGAGCAUGGAGACUACAUGGCUUUGCCAUCUGGGAUGAUGACCCCAGCCGUUAUGCAAGCUAAACCUAGCACUGCUACAGCCAGCCCUCCUGAUCCACCUCAAGAUCUGUUACAGCAACUGCUCCAGCAUUCGACAGAGAAAAUGAGGAUUGUGGGGGGCUCGGUCCAUGCACUGGGUGACACCACGCUUGAGGAGGCAUUGGAGUAUUUUUCUUCCCUUUCUAAACUACUGGUUGAGAAGCUGCAGGCCAAGCAGGCAGCAGAACGGAGGAUGGCUCAGGUGCUGGCGCGGGUAGAGGGAGCUACCAUGAGAAAAUCUAACCCAGAGGAUUCAGCACUGCACAGUGAGGACAGUGGAAUUGGGGGAGAAAACGAAAGUCUGACAGGGUCUGAGAGGCACCGCCACCACCGAGGGAGUGCUGGAUCUGGAAGCUGUGGGUCUGGAAUCAACAUUCGUGGUGCAUUUGAUACUCAGCCCAUUAAUGUACCCAACCUGGUAGGCCAUAAUGAAGAUGAUGAAGAGGAUGAGGAGGAAGACGAUGAUGAUGACGAAAUGUAUGUGGAUGAUGAAUGUGAUAGGCCUGAAAGGAAGAGGUCAAACUCUUCCCCACCGGAUCCCAGUCAACCUCUUCUCUACAUGCGUGCAAAUUACAUGCAGGGUCAGCAGCCAGCAGUCGAACAACCCCUGACUGUUUUCACUUCAACCAAACUGGAAAACUCCUCAUCCACCAGAUCUGAAAACAUAAUGAUGGAGCUACAAAAUAGCCAGAGGGACUUGGAUCAGCGAAUGAAAAAGAUGGCUGAAAUCCAAGGAUACAAAGAGUUAGCAGGGCCUCAUUGUAAAAUAUACAGAGCUGGACUAAGACGGCAUUCAUUAAGUGGAUCAGCUGGUGCACAAUUCAGAGGAAAUCAAUCACCUUGUUCCUUUCCAAUUUUAGCACCUCAACCACCCAAGCGACAAUCUGUCAGAAGGCUGAUAAACACCUUUAGCCAAGGGCUGGAUGGUAGACCAGGGCAGAGGCUUGCUAAUAUUCCACCUUAUAUCAGGAGGCUCAGGAAAAGUGGGAUCUUUCUGGCAUCUGACACAGUAAAUGGUAAUGAGCGGGGUAUAGUCACCAAUGGCAACCAUAACAACAACAGCUGGGCCGAUGGCAGAGAUGACUUGGAUGUAGACAACCUACCACCUCCACCCCCAGAGGUUCUGAUGGACAAUUCAUUCCAGAGUACUGACGGCAUACCAGGAAAUGAGGAAAGGUCACAGAAAGAUUCAGUUCGAAGUCUCCCAAUGAUAAUUCAAAACACAGGAGUUACCCAGCGUCUGAAGGCAUCCGUGCAGAAUGUGGAAGUGCUACCAAGCCGUGCGAUUGUGAGGCCAAGAUCGAUUAGUAUCUUGCCUGCCCAUCCUGUCAGACAGGAUGCCGUUGUGGGGACGAAAGAUACAGAACAGCAACCAGAUACUGAUCAGGAUCCAGAAAUGGAGAAGGCUAACUGUCUCUACCAACAGGCACGUAAGAUCAUUCAUCUACGCAAUGCAGCAGGAUCUCCAGACAAGAGAAAUAUUGCAGAACUAAGCAGCAGAGGACCUUCAUCCUUUCAAGCCAGAAUGGGCCCGAGAUGUGAAAACAAUGAAUUUCAUGAGGGUGAGAUGUCCUCAUCCAGUCUGCCUGUGACAGCACCCCCUGUCUCUAGAGUCCGCCUACCACCAUCUUGUCCCUCUGUGUGCCACAGAUUUCCAAGUCCUCCUGUGGUCAGACCUCAGACCAUCUCUAGGCCCUCAUCUCGCCCAGGUUCUCCAAGAACGGUGACACGUGCCACAGAUAAGAACACUGAGGAGAUCAUUCCAUCUGUGUCUUUUAAUGAUGCCCGUUCCGUCUUCUGCCUAAAUGAAACACAAAACUCUCAGACCUGCAUUGCCACUGGAAGUUCUAUACUUCCCAGACCAUGGGGAGAGGCCUCCCGAGGCAGACUACCCAUGAGAAAGAAAGACAGCUCAACCCGCCGUGUCCAGUCAGAACAGAGGCCUAGUUUGACUACUCAUUCAGAGUUUUCCAAAGAUGGCAGUUCGGUGUCUAGCAAGGCCAAGGGGAGUGAGCAUGCUACCACAAAAUAUGGGUUGGACAGUCCUCUGAUGACAGAGGAUGACGCCCAUUUGGAUCCAAGUGCCACUGAGACAGCAGCCUAGAACCUGUGAUUGUUCCAAUGUCUAAAGUGAAAUAUGAGUUGGGAAUGGAGAAAGGGAUUAUGGAUUAGCAGGAUACUGAGGUUUAGCCCCUUUCUCUUUGCUUUCCUUUCCUUUCCUGAUUAAAGAGGUUUGUUCCAAGAGUGGGUUUCAGACACAUGUAUAAUGUUAAUUCAGUUUUGAAGGGCACGAAUGUUAUUCUCUGGUCGAUUUCUGAAAACAUUGUAAAAAUUUAUCUGUAUCAUUUUUUAGAAGGUCAUACUUAAUCUAUGAUGAAUGUUGAAUAUAUAAUCCACCUUGAAUUUGUUUAAACUGAAGAUACAUGUACAAAUGUUGUUAUAGCAACCAAUAACACCCUUGAAUCCUCAAAUGUCCUCUCAGUUUGCUGGUGAACUGAUGAAGAGUUGGUAGAGCAAGACGAGGUAGAGACCUAGUAUAUGGCUGGGCGAGGGGCGUGGUUGGCAGUGGUGUAUGUAAGGUGAAUUCCUGGAGCUGUAUUCAUAAAGCUUCCUAGUACAAAGAGUUGCUCCUGGUGACGAAAUUCUUAAAAAAAAUCUUAGGCAUAUGAUGUUUUCUAAGAUUUUCUACUUACAGUUAAGACAAGAUCCUGAUAAAGAUGAAAAUGUCAAAAUGACAGUGAGUAAAUGUGAUGAGUAUGAGAUGUAAUGUUGGUGGUUUCAUCUGUAGGUGUGGUUGCAUCUCAUUACAGGUGUUAUGGCAUUAUUGCACUGGGUGGGAGAUGUGAGUGCAUACAUCUCCCACCCAAAGCAAUACUGCUACAACAAAAGCAAUUACUGAAACUGAUGAAAACAGCCAUUUUUCCUCUUAAAAUUAUCAGCAUGGUGAAUAAAUGUAAGCAAAUAAAUGCAACAACUAUCAGCCUGUGUUUCUAAUAUCUAUUAACUGCCCCUGCUCUUUGAUUGCUGCUUGUUUUUCUAUGUCUCUAUAUUGAGUGUUUUGGCAGAGUGAUUGUUAUGUACAGUCUAGCAGAAAUUUGGGGGAUUUGGGGGUUCUAUUGGCUGCUAUACCAAAUUCAAAAAGUAAGCCUUUAAUUUGCAUAAUUAUCAGAUGUAUUCAAAUGUUUUUGCAUGUGUUUUAAAUUGUGUUUGGGAUCGUUUGUACUAGCUUUCUACUUGUGUUCACCAUAUUUUCUACCUCCACUAUGUCCCAAUAAAAGUGAAA